AUGAGAUCCUCUUCGAAGACCUGGACCGCAAUGGGGAUGGUGUGGUGGACAUCUUGGAGCUCAGGGAUGGGCUGCACAACUGGAGUUCCUCCUUUGGUUCCAACUCCGAGAAGGAUAAUUUCACAUGCUCUGCCUCCCGAGUGCUGGGAUUAAAGGCAUGCGCCACCGCCGCCUAACCUGACUCAGUAGUUUUGGACCUGAGACUGUACAGGAAUCACAGAGGCCAGAGGGCAGCAGAAUGGAGACCCUGGGCUAGUAACGUGUGAUUUUUCUGCUUGCUGCUGGGCCUGAAAAGAACUUGAUCAUGAAGAGAGUCUAUCUGGCCUUGUACUGUAGAUGAAUCUUAAAAGGUCUUAUUAAUAAAAACAAACCCAGGGCCAGGUAUUGGGGUGAAUUCUGAAAGAUCAGAGAGACAGAACAAACCACAUACAACCUCACCUUGUCAACUCCUCAGCUGAUCUUGUUUCCUCAAACUGGAAGCCUCUGAAUCCUCAUCUGAAUGGAUCUCAGCUGAACUGCUAAAAGCUAAAAGCUUAAAAAGGCUCUAGUUCCUGGUCCUCAGGCCUUAUAUACCUUUCUGCUUCCUGCCAUCACUUCCUGCGAUUAAAGGUGUGUGUCAUCAUGCCUGGCCAUUUCCAGUGUGGCUUUGAACUCACAGAGAUCUGGAUGGAUCUCUGCCUCUGGAAUGCUAGGAUUAAAGGUAUGUGUGCCACCAUUUCCUGGCCUCUAUGUAUAUCUAAUGGCUAUUCUGUUCUCUGACCCCCAGAUAAGUUUAUUAGGAUACACAAUAUAUUGGGGGACACAAUAUCACCACAUUUCCCCCUUUUUUGUCUAAGAUAAUAAAAGAAGCAUAUAACUAUAUCCAAUAAGUAUAUACAAUAUAUACAGUCAAGAAUUAUAUUAACAAUGUCUAGUCCAUUAACAUUUGACAGAUUCAGACAAAACUCCAUUAUAUAUAUUAACAAUGUCCAGUCCAUUAACAUUUGGCAAAUUCAGACAAAACAUUUCACUAUUUAUCCUAUUUUGGUGAGUCCAAUCCAAAAUUGUAUACAAUAUACAAAAAUCCAAUCCAAUGUAAAAUAUUUAAAACAAGUAGUUUCUUUUAAAAGUAGAUUCAAUAAUCUACCUUUUUUAUCAUAUCCAUAUUCUCUCUUUUUUCUCUUCUGAGUAGAUUCAAAAAUCUACCUUUUUAUCCUAUUAUUUCUAUAUGUUUUUUUCAGAGUAGAUUCAAUGAUGUACCUCAUAUCUAUAUCUGUAGCUUGAGUUUUCCUGCCUGGCCCACAGUCAGGACAAAUCUCUCUCACCUGCCAGUCCCACAACCGCUCAGACCCGACCAAGUAAACACAGAGACUUAUAUUGGUUACAAACUGUAUGGCCGUGGCAGGCUUCUUGUUAACUGUUUUUACAGCUUAAAUUAAUCCAUUUCCAUUAAUCUAUACCUUGCCACAAGGCUCGUGGCUUACCGGCAUCUUCACAUGCUGUUUCUCAUCAUGGCAGCUGGCAGUGUCUCUCUGACUCAGCCUUCCACUUCCCAGCUUUAUUCUCCUCCUUGUCCCGCCUAUACUUCCUGUCUAGCCAAUGGCCAAUCAGUGAUUUAUUUAUUGACCAAUCAGCAACACAUUUGACAUACAGAACAUCCCACAGCAUAUAUCCUCUUUUUUUUCUUUUCUUUUUCUUUCUUUUUUAAACAAGAACCCUGAAUCUAAUCUCCUUGUUUAGCUUUUUUCCUGACCAUUAACAGUUAACAUCUUGUAACCAACCAUUGUAAACAAUGACAAUAUCCAUAACUCAUUAAACAAACAAAAACCACCCACCCCACCUCUUGGGAAUGUGAGUUUAAUUUUCUUAAAAUUACUUCCUGCUUUAUGGGGGUGAAGAAAUCUUUGGGGGAUCCUGAAAAGAAAAUUUUUGGGUUAAUUGUCAAGUCCUGGGAGAGGUAGCGGUAUCAUGUGUUGUCCAGUCUCAGCAUAAUGGGAAAAUGCAGGGCUUGUCACAAGUCCUUGUUUGAAUAGUCUGUGAAUCUGGAUCAUCUCAGCUAGCCAUCUUGAAAUUGUCCUGAGCAGUUUGUAGUCCAAAGCCGAUCUUUGGGUGGUAUUAAUCACCAAUGGGUGAUUAAUGGCUUUAUCAUAGUCCAUGUUGAAUAGUCAUUGUGGGAUUCGGUCACCUUUUGAAGAUUUCAAAGUGGCUGUCAGGCAUGGUCAUGGUUCCCUGCAGAAUUGUUUUUCUUUUCUCUUCUUUUUUAUUCUCUUUUCUUUCUUUCUUUCAUCUUCUUUUUUUUGUGCCUCCUUUGUGGUUUGGAGCAAUCACAGUCUGAUAAAUCUCUGCCUCUCUGAAUCAUGAAUGUUCUUCCCUGGAAGAGAAUAUCUUCACAGCAACUUCUCCCCGCCACUUGCCUCGCCAAACCUCUCCAAAUUGACCUUUGCCAAUGCUUUCUUGUAACACGAUGGCCCUGGCGAUUGUUCUCUGAACAAGCAGUGCUAAACCUUUCAUCCCCAGUAACAGCAUCUCCGCCGCCAUCAACACAAUGAGAAACAAGCAGUAACAUGAAGCAGCAGCAGCUGCCACCUCCAUGGUCUCGCUGCCACUGUUUGUGGCCUGGCCUGGAUGGAUCUCUGCCUCUGGAAUGCUUGGAUUAAAGGAAAUUUUUCAAAAUGCAGAUUCCAAUGCUGAUCAAGCACUGGAUUUUGAAGAAUUUGUGCAGUACCUUCAAGACCAUGAGAAGAAAAUGAAACUGGCAUUUAAGAGUCUGGACAAAAAUAAUGAUGGAAUACUAGAUGCUUCAGAAGUAAUUGAUGCCGUGAAAUCAUUGGGAAUCCACAUUUCUCUCACUCAGGCAAAUGACAUCCUGAGAAGCAUGGAUAGCGAUGGGUCAAUGACAAUAGACUGGGAUGAAUGGAGAGACUACUUUUUCCUCCACCCUGCAAAAAAUGUCAAUGAAAUUAUUCGUUUCUGGAAGCAUUCUACUAUAGUUGAUAUAGGGGAGAGCAUAAGUAUUCCCGAUGAAUUUACAGAACAGGAGAAGAAGUCCGGGGAGUGGUGGAAGCGCUUAGUGGCCGCAGGAAUAGCGAGUGCCAUCGCGCGGACGUGCACGGCGCCUUUGGACCGCUUGAAAGUCCUGAUGCAGGUGCGUCGUUCAAGAAUGAGUAAAAUGAGAUUGGCUGAUGAGUUCAAGCAGAUGCUAAGAGAAGGAGGACCUUUUUCUCUUUGGCGAGGAAAUGGUGUGAAUGUUAUCAAAAUCGCACCAGAGACAGCACUCAAGAUAGCGGCCUAUGAACAGUAUAAGAAAUUUCUUAGUUUUGAUGAAUCUAAUUUAGGAGUUCUUCAAAGAUUUAUAGCUGGUUCCAUGGCUGGUGCAACUUCCCAAACCUGUAUUUAUCCCAUGGAGGUGAUGAAGACCAGGCUGAUUUUAGGUAAAACUGGCCAGUAUUCUGGGAUUAUUGAUUGUGGCAGAAAGCUUCUGAAGAGAGAGGGCAUUCGGACCUUCUUCAAAGGCUACGUUCCCAACAUGAUAGGCAUCGUACCGUAUGCAGGCUUAGAUCUCGCCACCUUUGAGAAAAUUUUCAUUGCUGGCGAUGUCAACAAAGAUGGGAAGCUGGAUUUUGAAGAAUUUAUGAAAUACCUGAAAGAUCAUGAGAAGAAAAUGAAGUUAGCAUUUAAAAGUUUGGACAAGAAUAGUGAUGGGAAAAUCGAGCCUUCCGAAAUUGUCCAGUCUCUCAAGAUGCUGGGUCUACAUAUUUCUGAAGAUCAAGCAAAACUGAUUCUUCAAAGCAUCGACGCGGACGGGACAAUGACAGUGGACUGGAAUGAAUGGAGGGACUACUUUUUAUUUAACCCUGUUACGGACAUUGAAGAGAUUGUCCGUUUCUGGAAACACUCGACUGGAAUUGACAUAGGGGACAGCUUAACUAUUCCGGAUGAGUUCACAGAAGAUGAGAAAAAAUCAGGACAGUGGUGGCGGCAGCUUCUGGCAGGAGGUGUGGCUGGCGCCAUCUCUCGAACAAGCACUGCUCCUUUGGAUCGCCUCAAGGUCAUGAUGCAGGUUCAUGGUUCCAAAUCAAUGAAUAUAUUUGGAGGCUUUCGGCAGAUGGUGAAGGAAGGAGGAGUCCGUUCCCUUUGGAGAGGAAACGGCACAAAUGUCAUUAAAAUUGCUCCCGAGACAGCUGUUAAGUUCUGGGCUUAUGAACAGUACAAGAAGCUGCUUACCGAAGAAGGACAAAAAUUAGGAACCUUUGAGAGGUUCGUUUCUGGUUCCAUGGCUGGGGCAACUGCACAGACUUUUAUCUAUCCCAUGGAGGUUCUGAAAACCCGGCUAGCUGUAGCCAAAACUGGACAAUACUCUGGAAUAUAUGGUUGUGCCAAGAAGAUUUUGAAACAGGAAGGCUUUGGGGCUUUUUACAAAGGCUAUGUUCCCAACUUACUGGGCAUCAUUCCUUAUGCAGGCAUCGAUCUCGCUGUGUAUGAGCUUUUGAAGUCUUACUGGCUGGAGAACUUUGCAAAAGACUCUGUCAACCCCGGUGUGGUGGUGCUACUGAGCUGUGGGGCCCUGUCUAGCACCUGUGGGCAGCUGGCCAGUUACCCCCUGGCUUUGGUGAGGACUCGAAUGCAGGCACAAGCCAUGGUAGAAGGGGCCCCGCAGCUGAACAUGGUUGGCCUUUUUCGGCGAAUAGUCUCCAAAGAAGGAGUGUCAGGACUUUACAGAGGCAUCACCCCAAACUUCAUGAAGGUGCUCCCUGCUGUCGGCAUCAGCUAUGUGGUGUACGAAAAUAUGAAGCAGAUGCUAGGAGUAGCUCGGAAGUGACGCGUCCAAGCCUUCUUUUCCGUGAUGACCAAAGCUGUCAGCUCUCGCUCUCCAGUGUCUUCUGGGAUUGCAGCAAAUCUAUUGCAGAAGAGGCUGUUUUCCCCAGCCAAAGGGAAGAGACUCUGCAAUCACCUCAAGCAUCUGGGCUCAGCUUUAUAUCUUCAGUCAUGUUCAAAAUCACAGUUUCAAGAAGUGUUGAAGAGGCCACAAAAUUGUACUUUAUAUUGCCUUGCACCCUAAAUCUGAAAAUGUACUUACUUAAGCUGAAAUCAUUUUGUGUGAUAGAAUUAUAAAUCACUAAUCUUUGUUCUGAUUGGUCCAAGUUUAUGUCAAUUUGUUUAUACCCAAAUUU